CCGCGGACCGCCAUGGCCGUGCCCUUCGUGGAGGACUGGGACCUGGUGCAGACCCUGGGCGAGGGCGCCUACGGAGAGUCCAUCACAUCAUGUCAACUUGUGCUUCCCUGUACAGAGAGGUGCUUUAACCAAAGGACUGGGAGCCCCUUUCUAGCUCUGGAGUUCAGCUUGCUGUGAACAGACGCACAGAAGAAGCUGUUGCAGUAAAAAUAGUUGACAUGAAACGUGCUGUGGACUGUCCAGAGAACAUAAAAAAAGAGAUCUGCAUUAAUAAGAUGUUAAAUCAUGAGAACAUUGUGAAGUUCUAUGGACAUCGUAGAGAAGGCAGUAUUCAGUACCUCUUCCUCGAGUACUGCAGCGGGGGAGAGCUCUUUGACCGAAUAGAGCCUGAUAUAGGAAUGCCUGAACCAGAUGCACAGAAGUUUUUCCAUCAGCUUAUGGCUGGCGUGGUAUAUCUUCACAGUAUAGGAAUAACUCACAGGGAUAUUAAGCCUGAGAAUCUACUACUAGAUGAAAGAGAUAAUCUCAAAAUCUCUGACUUUGGUUUAGCGACUGUAUUUAAACACAAUGGUCGUGAGCGUCUGUUAAACAAGAUGUGUGGCACUCUCCCAUAUGUUGCCCCAGAACUGUUAAAGAGAAAAGAAUUCCAUGCAGAGCCAGUUGACGUUUGGUCAUGUGGGAUAGUACUUACUGCUAUGUUGGCAGGAGAAUUGCCAUGGGACCAGCCUAGCGACAGUUGUCAAGAAUACUGUGACUGGAAGGAAAAGAAAACAUACCUUCCACCUUGGAAGAAGAUUGAUUCUGCACCAUUAGCUUUGCUCCACAAAAUACUAACUGAGAGCCCCACGGCAAGGGUUACCAUUGCAGACAUUAAAAAGGACAGAUGGUACAACAAACCUAUGAAAAAAGGUGUAAAGCGGGCUCGUGUCUCCUCAGGGGGCCUUUCAGACUCACCAGGUGGCUUUUCUAAGCACAUUCGGUCUGAUAUGGACUUUUCGCCGAUGAAAAGUGCACACAGUGAGGAAAAAGUGAGCUACUCCACUUCUCAGCCAGAACCUCGCACUGGCAUUUCCUUGUGGGACAGCAGUCCAACCAAUAUCAACAAACUAGUGCAAGGGAUCAGCUUCUCCCAGCCAGCAUGCCCUGAGCACAUGCUAGUUAACAGUCAGUUACUUGGCACCCCAGGCUCAUCACAGAACCCAUGGCAACGCUUAGUGAAGAGGAUGACCCGUUUCUUUACAAAGCUGGAUGCUGACCGCUCCUAUAAUAGUUUGAAGGAGGUUUGUGAGAAGAUGGGCUAUGUCUGGAAGAAAAGCUGCACAAACCAGGUCACUAUAUCAACUACUGACAGAAGGAAUAAUAAACUGAUUUUCAAGGUGAACCUGGUAGAAAUGGAGGACAAGAUUUUGGUGGAUUUCCGCCUGUCUAAGGGUGAUGGGUUGGAGUUCAAGAGGCACUUCCUGAAGAUUAAAGGGAAACUGAAUGAUAUUGUCAGCACCCAGAAAGUAUGGCUUCCUGCCACAUGAUCCAGCUGCUGUUGGGAGGUGGAGUGAAUUGGAUGCUGCUACACUGAUCUGAUUUUUUUUUAUUCCGCAUCAACAAAUACUUGUGGGUGCCAGUAUCUGAGAGUCACUUGCGAUGGAAACCCAUUUGUUUAGGGAUCCGUCUUGACCCCAGGACAUUUCCUCAGAGGACAGACUUAGUAAAUACAUGUCCAGAUGAAUUUGGGAUAAUGAUCAUGAAAGUGUUCCUGACUGUAGUAAGUUAGCUGGUGGCAUGCCUUCCUAUUGCUAGCUACUGGCAUGAGGAUUUUUUUCUUCUGCUCAGUCAGAAAACCCUGUCAUUGGGAUGCUUUGUGCUUCUGUGGGAGCCAACCUGACUGUUCCACUGAUUUACGGAGCGUAUGCCUCCUGCCCCAAGGUUGUUGCAGCCACUGACUGAUGCAGACUUAGGGUUGGGGGGGGGGGGGGGGGGGG